AUGGUCCGUUAUGACUGCAAACAGCUCAAGUCUUGCUUGGGAAGCAAAGUCCUGAAAGCAAAUCUCAACCCACUGCUCCAGCACCCUCUGCCAAGGGAGUGCCAAAGUGUUGUCAAGGGGAAACUCAGUGAGAUCUAUCCAGGGGGUGUCCCUGAGAACCAACUGAAGCUGAUCGCCUCCUUGGUCUACUUGUAUUCCAAUGAUGAAAUCAGUCACUGGAACAUCACAUCCAGGGACACUGUGGUGUAUUUACUGGGCUCUGAUGUAGCCUUGGAGAACCAAACUCAGGCUGUCAUCAAGAAAUUCCUGGAGCUGAAUGGCACCAUGACAGGGGCCAUGCUGGUGGCCAUUGGGGGCUUCCGUCUCUGUUGGAUGAGCCCACGGCAGAUUGAGGCUAUACGACCCACGGAGUUGAGGUCAGCAGGGGCCCUGGACAUCUCGUCUUGUGCUCAAGAGAGGAAGGAUGACCUCUAUGAAAAAGCCAAAAAGGCCUUUUCUGGAUCCAAUGGAUCAACCACCUACUAUCACUAUAUUCGACCCUACCUUGGUGGUGCAUCUGUGGAAGACUUGAAGCACCUGGCUCGGGCCAAUAUUUCUAUGGACAUUGACACAUUCACCCGUCUCAAUCCAGAGGUGCUGCAGAAACUGAGUCUCAGCAACGUGAAAAAAUUGCUUGGACAAAACGUAGCCGAUCUUCGGAAGGCCCGGAGCAAUCCAGCUGUAAGCUCUUGGCUCCAAAGCCAGAACAAGUCGGCUCUGGAGGACUUGGGGUUCGACCCAGCCCCGGAGCACCUGCACUCCAGCCCUGCCACCACCGGGAAGCCUCCCUCUGCUUGGGUCACUGACAAGGGGCACAACUCUGCUUCCCCUGGUGGGCACACCACUCUAGCCACUACCUCUGGUUGCUGCGGCCUGGCACCUCUCCACCUCUUCAAUGCUUUUGGCUUCCCCAUAGGCCUUAUCUUAUUCUUGAAGCUCCUUUGAGACUCCUGGACAAGAAUUCUCUCCUUUUACCAACCACACCUUGAACUUCACCAUUCUCUUUGGAUCAAAAACUUCCCUUUCCCAAAACAUGGACCCUCUAUAUACUUCUCUCCUCAACUCCAAAUGGACAAGGGUGCCAUGAGGCUGACUUUGGCCCUGGCCUUUGGGAGGCCCAACUACAUGCACUCAGAACCUUGGGACCUAUUGGAGAAGUGAUAACAGGACUGCAAGGGGACCAGUUCAGAGACUUCUGCCCUUCCCUUCCCACAGGAGUUAUCAUCACAAAUGCUCUUACCACUCCUGAACUUCAGCCAGAGAGGAUUUGGACUGAAGGCCGUUUGGGGGGCAAUUCCUUGGGGGCUGAGCUCGUCACCUGAGCUGACUGGACUACCCUCAAGAGGAGGGCUCUCCACUGUCCAUAGGCUGGAGACACAGGGCAAUUUACCUGGGGCAGUCUAUGUGCUUCUCAAGUUUUCUUAGGGUCCAAGAGGGCAUAAAUCCAGGCUGAACAUCUUAGGAACCACUUGAAUGCCUCAGAUGCUCAAGCCUCCCCUAACAAGUCAUUGCACCCUGGCCAAGAACUGUGGUUCUCUAGGGAAAGCUCAAGUUUUGCUAUCUUUAUGUUCUGAUUUUAAUAAAUGUGAGGAUCUCCUCAAA